UGGUUGGUUAUGAGUUUUGGGUAGGGGUGGUUUCGAUAAUCUUUGUCGUCCAUAUUUUCCCCAAUAUUCAUAAGUUCCUGAUACCACCACCACACCACACCACUUCCAUCUUCAGGCCGCCCCCACCCACUUCGUCGCACCACCGUCCACCGUCGCCGAUUCCAACCACAGCGCCGCCGCCGCCCCUCACCCAAUCUGUUGUGAAAACCGCACUUUCAACACCCAGUCGUUCGUUCGUAUGCAGCUGCUCUCUGCUAUUAAUGCCUAUUGCGUGGGUCGACAAGAAAGCUUGAGUAAUUAGGCGGGUGGCGUUGAUAGCUGAAUCAAGCAAGCAUGCUAUUGUUGUUCCCAAUUUCAUCAUAUCAGAUAGGAAUCAAAACAUUCUUUUCUGCACAAAAGCCAAUAAGUCACAUUGUCAACUGUCGAAGAUCUCGUCAACUGAUCAAGUCAAAUGAUGUGGACCGGAAAAUUGCCAAAAAAGAACACCACUUAUGGAACAAGAGAGAUUCUGCGGCAUCGGGGCAAAAGGCGCUUAAUCUUGUUCGAACUGUUUGCGGCUUACCAAAUGAGAAAGAAGCUAUUUACGGAGCGCUUGAUAAAUGGACCGCUUGGGAAACCGAAUUCCCUGUGAUAGCAGUAGCCAAGGCUCUUAAUAUCCUAAAACAACGGAAACAAUGGAAACGAGUUAUUCAAGUGGCGAAAUGGAUGUUCGGAAAGGGUCAAGGAAUGACAAUGGGAACAUUCGACACCCUCUUAUUAGCUUUCGAUAUGGACCAAAGGGUAGAUGAAGCACAAUCGUUUUGGAAUAUGAUUUUGCAUACGCAUGAAAGAUCUAUCUCGCGAAGGUUGUUUUCAAGGAUGAUAUCCAUAUAUGCUCAUCAUAACAUGCCUCAUCACAUCAUCGAGGUGUUUGCGGAUAUGGAGGAACUAGGAGUAAAACCGGAUGAGGACACUACGAGAAAAGUUGCACGCGCCUUUAAAAAUGUUGGUGAGACGGAGAAACAACGAUUAGUUCUUAACAAGUACCUGAGUGAAUGGAAAUACAUCCAUUUUAACGGCGAGAGAGUAAGGGUUAGAAGAAAAUAUUCAUGGAACGACGACUAAAGAAUUGGUGUAGUUGCUCGUCGGUUUUGUUAGUGUUUCGUAUAUAAAUAUAUUCUUGCUGUUAAAAAAAGGGAAAACUUCAUAGAAUAGUAACCAAGUUUUCUCUUUGUUUCACUAAAGUCACUCCAUUAUUUUUUGUUUUUCUAAAGUCACUCAAGUUUUAUUAUGUGUUCCAAUCAUACGUAUUUUACAA